AGCUCGAUCAUGUGGUGCGAGCUAGCUAGCAUGUGUGCCGGCGACGGCACCAUGGAGCGCUGCGCAUGCGCGCUGUGUGGAGCGGCGGCGGACGUGCACUGCGAGGCCGACGCGGCGCUCCUCUGCGCGCCCUGCGACGCCCAGGUGCACGGCGUCAACUUCCUCGCGUCCCGCCACCGCCGCACGCGCGUUUGGCGGCCUAUGGGCGUGGACGUCCUGUCCAGGACUGCUACGACAUCGCGCUCCUGCGUGUCCACGGCCGACUCCGCGACGACGGCGGCGCUGCGCGGCAGGGGGACGACGCCGCCGGCCAGGAGGCGCGGCGCGCGGGGCGAGGCGGUGCUCGAGGGCUGGGCCAGGCGGAUGGGCCUCGAGGCGGGGGCGGCGCACCGGCGUGCCGCGGCGGCUAGCCGCGCGAUCCGGGUCCAGGUCGCCGCGGCGGCGCCACGGGUGCCGCUGCGCGUUGCGAUGGCUGCGGCGCUCUGGUCCGAGGUGGCAGCUCACGGCGUCCACGAGCCCGGCGAAGCGCUCCGGCGCCUGGAGGCCUGCGCGCACGUGCCGAUGAGGCUCCUCGUGGAGGUGGCAGCGGUGUCGACGAUGGGGGACGCGCGCGCGAAGAAGAGGACGGCCGCAGUGGACGCCGACGAGGACAGCUGGGGCGAGUGCUCGAUCGUGAGCCUGGACAAGACACCGUCUUCUCCAAGACACGAGCUUCUCUUGUUCGUUUAG